AUAUAUUGUUAUGAUCAUCGUUGAACCCUAAGAGGAUGUGUUGUGAAAGAGAAGAAGAAAUUAAGAUGAAAACACCCACCACCAAAGUGGCGAAGACCCUUUCGAAACGUACACGACCACAAUAUGACAUCGACAUUGACUCCCCCAUCAGGGCCAUAGCUUGUCUCAAAAAAAUCGACGACAUGCGCCGCUUCGAGGAAACCGAGGAUUGCUUCAUCCUAGGUUUUGACCCUUCCUCCGCCGCCGUUCCCCUCUUGGUUGAUUCUUCUGCCGAUGAUGUCUCCGUCAUUGCUGAAAAGGGCCAGGUUGCUUGCAGAGAUUACCCGCACUCAAGACAUUUGUGCCUCAAAUUCCCAUUCACGACCACGCCUCAUGAGAGCUAUUGUGAAAUGUGCUAUUGUUAUGUUUGUGAUACGGCUGCCCCGUGUAAGGACUGGAAGGGCUGGCAUUGCAAUGCAGAGAGUGGUAUUUACUGGAAGAAUAAAAGGAGUUUGAAGAAAAUUCAACCAGUGCGUCUCUAUAAUUCUCAACCAUGAAGGAUGAGUGAUUGGAAUGGUUGCACUAUGAUCGUGGCAGAGUCUUAUUGUAUUUGGGAGACUCUCACACAGUAUGGUUUAGUCUGGAAAUGUGGUAAAAAAAUGUACUCAACUCAAACGUUCUGUGUGAAAGGGGUUUGUGGGCACUAUAGAUAAGUAACAAAAAUGUACCCAAACUUGUGAAAGGGGUUUGUGGGCACUAUAAGGGUUUGUGGCACCCUGAUGUGUAGAUUCUUUCUGCUCUGGGAUUAGGGGAUUUUCGAGCUAUUACUGCUGGAUGGAUCUAUUGAAGUUAUAUAUUUCAUGUUCUUCAAGAAUUCGUUUUGUAAUUACUGGUUUUGUGCGUGUUUGUUUUUUUUACGCACGGUCAUUUUUCUGGGCAAACUUCAGUUCAUUGUGAUAUAUAAGGGGCACACUAGAA